GUUGAUUGUUGAUUAAAAAAAAAAAAAAAAAAAAAAAAGCGUUGUUAUUGAAUGAAUUUAAGAGAGAGGCAAACAUAACCAACAAAUAAUAAAUAUUGUGAAACAUAAAUGUUUGUCAAAAUUGAUUGAUAAAUCAACAAAGUUUUAGUGAUGAAAUAAUAGUAAACACAAAAAUAUAUAUUUAAAUUAAUGUCAGUUUAUAAAAUGUAUAAUAAUUCAAUAGUUAACAAAAAAAUAUCAUAAUGAAAACAACUGUAUGACAAAAAAAUUAAUUAUUAUUAACAAUAAUUAUGUUUCAAUAAUGAUAAUUGCUCCAAGACCCAUUUAGCAAUUGUCUCGUAUUUUAUUUAUUACAAACUUGAUAAACAAAACAAUAAACAAAUAAAAUUAUUUAAUUAGUUUUUUUUUUUUUAAAUAAAUAAACAAUCAAGUUAAUUAUAAUUUAACGAGAUUAUUGCAUAUGGGUCUUUGGAACUUUUUAAAAAAUAGAAUACAUUUGUUUUGUUUUUUUUUUUUUUUUUUAUUUUGACAUUGAAGUAUUACUAAAAUAAAAUAAAAAAAUGUGGUAAUAUAAAAGUGAAAAUAAAUUGAGAAUAAUUACAAAUGGCAAAUCAAUCAAUGAAAAUACCAUUGAGCAUGGACAAUAAAUUAAAAUUUUCAGAUCGUUUAAACGAAUUGUUAAAGACUGAUACAAAAGCAGAUCCUGAUCCAUAUGUAUUUUGUGAACCAGAACCAAUAUUAUCAACAAUAACAGAUAAAAAUAUUGAUAUUAAAAAUUCAAAAUACAUAACAACAAAGACAACAUCAACAACAACAACACGUGGUAAUAAUAAUAAAUGUCAAAAAAGAAGAAUAAAAUUACCAGAUGAUGGAUUAACAAAUUAUAGUGAUACAAUAAAUAUACAAAAUGGUUAUAAUGAUUAUAAUAAUGAUUUAAUUAAAAAUAGAGAUAUGAAAAAUAUACGUAAUUAUGAAUUAAAAUAUACAACAAAUGAUUAUCGUUGUGGUAAUAAUAAAUUAAAUAGACAAAAUAUAAAUUUAAUAAGACGUCAAUCACGUGAUCAUACAUUAUUAUAUUAUCCACGUGCUGGUGAUGAAAUAUCAGAUAGUGAAUCAAGUGGUGAUGAAUUAACAAUAUAUCAAAGACACUGGUUUACACCAAUUGAUAAUGAACAUAAUGGACCAAGAUCAGCAAGAUUAUCACAAAUUAGAUCACAAUUACGUCGUCGUCUUAUACAAUUACAUAAAGGUGGACAAGAAUCUGAAAUAUUAAUACGUGAUAGAACACAACGUUUACUUGGUGAUACAUUUAGAAAUCGUAUUAUUGGAGAAAUUAGAAAAAAAAAUACAAUAAAUAAUAAAAAUAUACAAACAUUUGAUUCAUCAUCUUCAUCAUCACCGUCAUCUUCAUCCUCAUCAUCAUCAUCAUCAUCUUCAUCAUCUACAACUUCUUCUUCAUCAUCAUCCUCAUCAUCUUCAUCAUCAUCAUCAACAACAACAAGUAAUCCUUCAUUAAGUGGUGGUCAAUGUGGUAUUGAAGGCUGUCGACAAUUAUCACUACCUUGUACACGUCAUUGUUCACAACAUAUUAUGCUUAAUACUGAUCAAUUAUUAUUUGAACAUUGUACUGCUAAAUUUAGUGAUAAUACACAAUGUUGUAUACCGGUAUUUGAUGUUUCACAUGAAUUACCAUUAUGUACAGAACAUGCACGUAAACGUGAUAAUUAUAAUCGUAAAGCACAAGAAAUUAAACCAAAGAAGACACGUAAAAAAUCAUUAACAUCAUCAACAUCAACAACAGCAUUAACAACAGCAACAACAACAACUGCAACGGCAACGACGACAAUAAACACAACGACGACAACAGCAACAACAACAAUACCACAAUGUAUAAUGAAACCAAAAAUAAAUAAAACAACAAAAUCUAAAAAACGUAAACGACAAAUAUCAACAACAUCGCCAGUAAUACCAACAACAAUUAAAUCAAUUAAUGAAAAAUUAAAUGAUAUUGUUGUUGUUAAAAAUGAACAACAACUACCAUUACUAUCACCGCCACCACCACCACCACCACUGUUACAACCACCACCAUUGUUACAACCACCUCAAUUAUUGCAACCAUUACAACAACAACAGCAGCAACACCAACAACAUCAACAUCAACAAUAUACAAAUAAUAUUAUACAUAAUGAUCUAUUACAAAUUAAAACAUUAAAUAAUUUAAAUACAAUGACUCACAGUGGUAAUGCAUUAAAUACUGGCACAUCACCAAAUAUUGGACUUGGACUUGGUCCACUUGGAUUAACGAGUAGUCUUAAAGUUGAACUUGGUGAUCAUGAAGUAUUUGCUGCUCUUGAUCCUACUGAGCAUGACUUUGGUAAUGUUUUAAAUAAUUUACCAGUUGAUGCAUUUAAUGAUUUAUUUACUGAAAGUCGUAAUGGUGAAUUUGAACCAUCAAGAGAAGAAGAAGAAGAACUUGAACGUGCACUAGAAGCUGUUGAUAAAGAUGUAAGAAAUCUUGAACGAAUGGGACAAACACAUGGUUUAUUGGAGCCUGCAUUACUUGCCCAACUUAUGUCUGAUAUUGCUUCGUAGCCUAUCAACGAGUCUUUACAAUUAUCAUCUUAAAAAGUAAAAAAAAAAAAAAUGUGAAAUACUGAUUUUUAAUUUAAAAUAUCUAUUUUUUAAAAAGAAAAUCAUUUUUUUUUUUGUUUUUUCUUUUCUUUUGACAUGUGUACAUCAGUUUAAUUGUAGAAAAUAAUUUGUGUAUGUGUUGAUCAGUGUAACACAUGUAUUUUAUCGUUGUGUCAAAAAUAAUUCAAAUGUGUCUAAUGAAGUUGAAUAAUAUGGAUUUUUUAACUAAACAAAUUAAUAAGAAAAAAAUUAUUGUUUUUGUAUUGAACAAUGUAUUUUUAAAAUCAUUAGAAAAAGUAUUUCAAACUCUAGUUAAAUUUCUAGAGACACUGAUUUUUUUACACUUUAUUCAUGGCAAAUAAAUUAUAAUAUUUAAAAAAUGUAAAAAUAAAAUAAAACAAGAACAAAAAAAAAACACAGGUAAAUUUGUAAAAACAAAAAAAAAACUAUUUAUCUUUCAAUUAAGAAAAAUAUUGUUAAUGUCGCUUUGUAAAUAUUGCAAAUCACUUUGUAACACUUAUUGGAAAAAACAAUACAAUUAAUUUUAGAAAAUUAAUUUUUUCACCAGUAAUUAUUAUACAAGAAAUAAAAAAGAUGACAUUAUUAUUUACCUAGUGCUUUAUAAUUCAAAGUGUCUGCUAAAAAAAAGCAAAAAGAAAAAAAAACAAUAAAUAAUAGUUGUAUUUUAAAAAUCGUUGAUGUGAUUGGAUGUGUGAUUGUGUGUGAAGAAAAGUACAACUUUUCUAUAGAAAAAAAAAAAAUAAUGACUGAGAUAAAAGUCUACGAAGCCAAUGUUUU